ACAGGGGUAUUCCCAAGCGCCAGAGAGAUCCUAUUGAAUCAUAAAGCUAUCCUCCCCAGGCGCUACUGCUCUCCUAUAGGCUCUCUUGCUCCCUGGUUCUCUCUGCCCUGUAUCAGUGGCUCCUGCUGCAGCCCUCCCCUAAGACUUUAUUUAUUUAUUUUGCACCAACGGGUUUGCUGCAGACUCAUUCUCACUUGGUUUAAAAAGAGAAGGGGAAAAAGACGGGGAGAGAGAGAACAACCCUUGCCAGUUCUUCCCUCUACUCUAGUGCCAGCAGCAGAGGCUGGCAGGCAAGCCUUAGGGGAAGUAGGUGUGCAAGAGAGGUGCAGGGUGGGGGGAUCUGAAGGCACAGACUGAAUGGGAGCACUCCUCAACCCCAGACAGGAUGCAGUGCCCAACUUGAUGAAGCUCCCAGGAUCUCCCUGGCUGAUAAAGUCAGGACCUAAGGGCCUCUCUCCUCACAAGACAGGGAGCUCUGGGCCAUGGAUACACACCCCUGAGACUCAGGGAAACUAUAGACGGAACUUCGAGCCGUCCAGGCUGCAUACCGGGCAUGGCUCCAGGUAAGUGGGGAAAUUGAGGUGAGGUAACCGUGGAAGGCAGUCCAAGAGAGAAAGGACCAGAGGGGUCCAAAUGGAUAGAGAUCCUCAGCAUAAAGAGGGACAGACCAAAAACCAUUUCUCCACCCCCCACCCUCGAACUCUCCCCGACGUUUUUCACCAAGACCAGACUUAGCUGGCUAUAACUAACCCUAAGCGCCCACCAGAAGCCAUGGAGUCAAGAGAGACAGUGGGGACCUCAAGCUACACCCACUCUAGAUAAAGGUUAGGGUGCAGGGGGUGGGGAGAGGAUGCCACAGCCCUGAGAAGGGCAGAGAGGACUCCAGGUAUAGAGUCAAUCCUAGAUUCUACCUGGUCCUGUGCCCUGCCCAUUGGCAAUGCCCAAGCUGAAAACACCAGCCUCUCCUCCCUCCCACCUCUCACAAAUUCCCAAGGAAGCCCUGUAUCUGUGCUCAGAAUGAAGGGAGGCCUGGAGCUGUUGUCCCCCCAAAAAGGACACCUCAUCACUCAUUCUAGAAGCAGACAGGGAAUGGACAUAGACCUCGUAUGCCGCUGGGGCUCAGCCCCUUGGCCACCCCUCUUCUUUCUGCUCCUUCUGGUGGGGAGGAGUGGCCGAGGCUGCCCGGCAGCAUGUGACUGUGCCUCCCAGCCCCAAGCGGUGAUCUGUGCCAGCCGGCAGCUGGAAGCAGUCCCUGGAGGGAUCCCCCCAGACACCGAGCUGCUGGACUUGAGCAGGAACCGCCUAUGGGGCCUCCAAAGGGGGAUGCUCUCACUCCUGGGACCACCUGAGCUGGAUCUCAGUCACAACCAGCUUUCCACCCUAGAACCCGGGGCCUUCCAGGGGCUCCGGAACCUCCUCACUCUGCGGCUUCGGGGUAACAGGUUGCGGAUUGUGGCCCCUGGGGUAUUCUCUGGCCUAUCCUCCCUAACCCUACUGGACCUCAGCCUGAACCAGAUAGUCCUCUUCCUGGAUGGUGCCUUGGAGAGCUGGGCAGCCUUCAGCAGUUGGAAGUGGGGGGACAACCAUCUGGUGUUUGUGGCACCAGGGGCCUUUGUGGGACUGGCAAAGCUAAGCACCCUUACCAUAGAACGAUGUAACCUAAGCACCGUGCCAGGGCCUGCCCUCGCGCGACUUCCAGGGCUCAUGGGGCUGAGGCUACGUGAGUUAGACAUAAGUCGGCUGCCCACCGGGGCCCUGAGAGACUGGGACCAGUUACGGGAGCUAGAGAUCCACCAAUGGCCAGCUCUGAGGGCCCUGGAACCUGGGAGCCUGGUCGGGCUCAACCUCAGCCGCCUGGCCAUCACUUAUUGCAACCUGAGUUCCGUUCCCUUCCAAGCCCUGAGCCACCACUUCCUCAGGGUUCUGGACCUAUCUCAGAACCCCAUCUAAUAUCCAGCCGGGAAACUGAGUUUUUUGGUUCGGUGCAGGGAGCUCCACCUGUCAGGGGCCCACCUCGCCUCCAUUGCAGCCCAUGCCUUCCACGGUUUGGCUGCCUUCUGCCUGCUGGAUGUGGCUGACAAUGCCCUCCAGACUCUGGAAGAAAGCGCCUUCCCCUCCCCAAGCAGCCUGGCCACCCUGCGGUUGGCCGGGAACCCCCCUGAUCUGUGACUGCCGCUGCUGUGGCUACUGCGCCUUCGGCGCCACCUCGACUUUGGCAAAUCCCCCCCGGCCUGUGCCAGCCCACUCCACACGUCAAGGGCAAGUAACCUCCAGGACUUCUGCAUCCUGCCCCCGGGACACUUCACUUGCCGAGCAGCCCUGACCAGGUCGGGGCCACGGAGAGUCAGUGCAAAGGAGGGGCAGCAGGCUGUCUUCUCCUGCUCUGGGGAUGGAGACCCAGCCCCUACCGUUUCAUGGCGAGGACCAGGCACUUGGCUGGGUGGAACUGGACGAGUAAGAGUCCUGGAGGAUGGGACCCUGGAGAUCCGGUCGGUACAGCUUCGAGAUGGGGGUGCUUAUGUUUGUGUGCUCAGCAAUGUGGCUGGGAACGACUCGCUCAGCACCUGGUUAGAGGUGAUCCGGAUUGAGUCGCCAAACGGGACCCUCUCUGAUACUAAUGCCACCACCCUGGGAAGCCCAGGACCCUUCUUCCUGGAUAGCAGGGGCCUGGUCAUAGUGCUGGCUGUUGGCUUCCUCCCCUUCCUCACCUCUGUGACCCUCUGUUUUGGCCUCAUUGCCCUAUGGAGCAAAAGCAAGGGACGGGUCAAACAUCACACAACCUUUGACUUUGUGCCCCCUCGGUCUUCAGGGGAGCGGGGUGCUGGGGGCAACCGAGUCACUGCCAAACUCUUCUGAUCCCCCUUUCCUCCUCCCCUGAGAGCCCAGACAAGCCUGGUUUGGUUAGAGAAAAGGCUAGUUGGGCCAGUGCCUUACCCCAAAGGGUGUCCCCAGCAUGCCCCUGC